UGAGGCCAAAAACGUGUUUUUCUACAAGGUGCGUUUAGGUGAUGAGAAGGAUGGCAAACUAAAUGACAAAGGUCGGCAUCUUCUUUGGGAUGCCAAGUAUCCAGUAGGCAGGUUUGGCGAAGUAAACCUGAAUCCAAGCAUGUUUGCGGUUGACGGAAAGAGGCAACGGUAUUUUUUGAUCCACCGACUUACUUACCUAAAAGUAGCGUCUCUCCGAAGUAGAAACAAUCCGAAACAUGUCAAUUUUUCCUAAGUUUCUCAAAUGUAGUAAGUACUUGUUUGUUUGUUUUGAUGCGCUCCGGGCGACGCGUACGAUCCCGCCGGAUUUCUUUGUGCUCUGUGUGUGUUAUGCUAUGGCCGUCAUUGCAAUCGACUAUGGUAUAUCUGGUCGCCACACUCUCCGCCAGCUGCAGCUUUUGUGGCAUGCCGGGCGAUGUGUGCAGGCGGCGGCGACUGUGCGUAGGUAGCGCCUGGCCGUGCGGCGCGGUCGGGUUUGGUUGACGUUUUUGCGGUCUGCGUGCUCUGUUCUUCGCGUUCUCGUUUUGCCUUCGUUCUCUUUGUCUUCGCGUGCUAACUUUCUUGUCUCCUCCUUGCUCGUUCUUUGUUCGCCACCACCUAUCUCGGCCCCCGUCCUAUCGUAGCGGGCAGCGAUGGGUUUACCACAGCGGCCGCUACUCGUUUCCCCUUGUCUUCACUGGAGGUAUGGCGGCUGCGCUCGCAAGAACGCACCGUUAAAGUUGGUCGCUAAGUCGCGAAGGUAUGGGAUGAGCUGCUUCGGGUUCGACGCAGCCGCCCCAACAUUCGCCGAAAUCCCGUGAGUCUCUACUAGAGCCUGGAGCGCGCGGCACUCUAGGAGGUGCUGCGUGCUUGCCGCAAGGCCAGGGCAAAUCUUCCCCGGUGACUCCGCUCGCCAAGCGUCCCAGCCUGAACGCAUAGUAUCGCCGCUCGCCUUCCCGCGAGCAUGCUACGCCUCGCAAGAGGUCCUUGCCGCAGCUGCCUGCGUCUGUCACGGUCUUGGCUGUCUUGCUCCUUGUGCGUGCUGCUCCGCUAAUCUGGCGCGACUUGGCUACGCGGAGCGCCCUCGCUGCACUGUAGUAAGUGCCUACUUUUGCACUAAAUGAUUGUGAAGAUUAUUGCAUGACUCGUUUUUUUUAAUGCAUCUAUUGUGGUCCGCCUUCUUAGGGAUGUUGGUUGGGGUCUACUUCACCAACUUCCCUACACAAAAAAUUUGACUCAGGUUUUGGAAGUUUUGUCCCAAGGACGAUUCGCAGAAGUACGUUAUGGAAGUGGAGGUAUCCGACAAAGACGGCAAUGCACUACCUGGCGUAGAUAAGCAAACGAUCAAAAUCUCGGCAACAAAGGGACAGAAGGGAAAAAUGCACUCUCUUGGCGUUGAGCCCGCUGGUGGUGAAGAAGAAGAUGGCGGAGGGGAAGAGGGGGAUGGGGAGGCUGCACAAGAAUAGGGCGUGGUCUACUGCCUUACAAAAUCGUGAAUUUCAGUCCACUGCCACAAGGAUCAGAUGAUUUUAAUGGCGUUUUGUGCCUAGGAUCAAAAACCUAGUGCGCCGUUCAGCGGCGACUCUUCUUGAUGUUUUCACCUCAAAAAAUCUAGGCUUAUCCUGUGCAACGUUAUAGAUACCCGCUUAACUACUUAAACUUCCACCUGGGACAAGGCAGUCUGAAGAAAAAACAUGAACAGUCACAGUCUUUCGACUAGCACAUGCACCCAACUGGAGCUUAUCGCAAGAGUAUCGAUUCCUCAUCAUAUUACCAGUAAUCCUUGCUACAGUCUCCGACAGCUAAUCUUAGCUUCUUCAAAAUUUGAAUUUAUGUAUCAUUUGACUAAAAGAUGCAGAAAGACCUGCAACAGUCAGAAGAGAGGAUGAGCAAAAACUGAGAGGAAAAGGAAAACGAUACAUUUGCUUUUGGAGAUGAAUGUGGAUACACCGAG